AUGCGUCAUUUAUCAGCGUCUCGUUUGGAAGACGCUCGAGAAAGUUUCAAAGAGGAGAUUUAUGAAAUGGAAAUAGAGAAAAGAUCAUUAAAAAGGAGUAAAACCUUUAGUGAUAGUGAGGACGAUGAUAGUGUUUCCAACGAAGUUCCAAGAAAGAAAAUAAUACGUCAUUUAUCAACUUCUCGUCUGGAAGAUACUGGAGAGGGUUUUAAACAGGAGACUUGUGAAAGAAAAGUAGAAAAAAGAUUACUUAAAAGGAGUAAACCCAUUAGUGAGGAAGAUGACAGU